ACAGCUUCACUGCAGGAGGAACCGGUCGAGAUGUGGCGGAUUAUUGCGGUUGUCCUGGUGGUGUUGCAGCUCUGCGGGUCAGCACUGCAGUCUGACCCGCUGCUCUACGACUCACAGCUGCAAAAUGGACAAGAAGAACAAAGAAAGCCGUGGCUUAAUCCCAAACACAAAGAUGUUGUUCCAUCCAGGAAUAUCAUCCAGCCUCCAAACUUUAGACAGACCUCAGAAACAGAGAUGACCUCACACUCCCUUCCCAUGUUUGGGGAGCAUGUCAACCUCAAGUGGGUGACAUGGAAUGGCUCCCUUCCUAAUGGAGCUGUUGCCAUCUUCAAUGGCUAUGUGGAACGCACUGACUACAUCUGCAAAGUUAACUGUGAGGCCGGCUUCUAUACUCCCAGCAAAGGGAGCGUCUGUCACUACCCCUACGCCGACAAAGAGUAUGUGUCAUCCAAGUUUGAAGUGCUGGUUAAUGUGGACAACUUUGAGUUCCUAGAGUGGGUUGAAGAUUCGUAUGGGUCUGUUCCCCAGUUCUCUAUAAGAACCUGUCCCAAUGUGGAUAUCUAUGUGGGUAAAAACAAGUAUGGUCUUGGCAAGGUGCACGCUAAGCAUGAAGCUUUCUUCCUUCCCUGGGAAGGUGAUGAGUACUGGUACAAGUAUUACCAGGUCCUUACUAUCAACCGAGAUAGCUAUAGCCAACAUAUCUCUCACGUUGAGUAUGGCAUAGAUGAGAUGAAGCUGUUUUAUCACCCUCCAGAGACCCUGCAGCUUGCCAAAGUCACUAACCUGGAAUGUGAAAGUGUGGCGAAGGCGGUAAAGCUAGAGAAGACCAGCACAGUGGAGAAGACCUGGGACAUCGGUCGAGAAACUCGAAAUGGCUCAGUGUCCACUAUGACGGGUAAAGUACCUAUCCUUGGCCCGGGCACGGUGGAUUUCACCAAGGAGCAGACAGUGACUUUCUCAGAGGGAACGACCAUGGUGGAGUCCAUAAGUCACACUGUCUCCAUAGAGCUGAUGGUUCCACCAAACCACUCCUGCACUGUGAGGAUGGACGGCAGGAAGAUGACAGCUGACAUUCCCUUCACUGGAAGACUAAGCAGGACGAACCACAAUGGAGAAACCCACUGGACUUCAAUCACAGGCACCUAUGAUGGAGUGAGGGUUGGCGAAAUCAAUGCUUUGGUGGAGAGAUGUCAGCCAGUGCCUGAUGCUGUUCCCUGUUCCCCACAUGAUAACUGAGGAUCCAUCUGUUCAACUUGCUAUGAACUUUGCAUUUCUAGAUUAAC